AUGGCUGGUGUAUUGAAAACCCUAACUGUCCCGCGCGCCUCCGCUCUCCAGUCAGCCUCACUGGCUCCGGUAACCGGAGGUUCCUUUUCUCUCCGAAGCUCCGUCAAAUUAGCCGAGUUUAGAGGUCUGAAGAUCCAUCUGGCUCGAUCAUCCGCAUCGCUGAAUUUACGUUCAAAACUACCUUGCCGUGGUAGUCGAAUCGUCUGCGAGGCGCAAAAGACAGCUGAUGAAGUGCCUGGUAUUAAGGAUUCAGCAUGGAAGUCCCUUGUACUCGAGUCCGAUUUACCUGUUUUAGUUGAAUUUUGGGCACCAUGGUGUGGGCCAUGCCGCAUGAUCCACCCGGUCAUUGAUAAGCUGGCUAAGCAAUAUGCUGGAAAGCUUAAAUGCUACAAGGUUAAUACGGAUGAGAGCCCUAGUAUCGCUAGCGAUUAUGGAAUCCGAAGCAUUCCAACUGUUUUAAUUUUCAAGAACGGAGAGAAGAAAGAUGCAGUCAUUGGUGCAGUUCCAGAAUCCACAUUGACAACUUGCAUAGAAAAAUUUGUGCAGAUUGGUAAGUAG